GGGCGAACAUGCUCACGCGCGUUAAGAGCUUGACUGAUGUCAACUCGAGCGCAUCGUUGUGAGACAGCUGCACAGCUGUUUGCACGUUUGGGAGCAAAACAUUGUAUCAACAGUCUCACCUCUCCUCUGUUCUGUGAUCUACCGGAAGGAAGGAUCCACGGUGGCGAUGUUGUGGAGUUCUUUGGUAACGAAGGAACAGGCAAGAGUGAAAUGCUACUCAACAUAUUAGCAGGAUGCAUCGUCCCACAACACAAGCAAUGCGUCAUCUUUAUCGACACAGAUUGUCAUUUCUCAAUCAUUCGGCUCGUUCAGAUACUUGAGCAUCGUCUCUUCUCUAACGUUUCUGUUUGCGUAGAAAAUCGAGAAAAAAUAAUUCGAGACUGUCUGUCUCGUUUAUAUUAUUUCCGUUGCCAUAGCAGCAUUCAGUUGGUAGAGACAACGGAAUCUCUCAAAGCAAUUCUUCCAAAGAAACCGGAAAUCUGCUGCAUUAUGAUCGACAGCAUCUCGGCAUUUUAUUGGCAAAAUAGAUCGUCUCUUGGGGAAUCACUAAGUGAACAAGAACUUCAUCAACGAAGGCUUGUUAGCACAUUGAAAAGUCUCGUGUUCAACUACAGUCUUGCUGUGUUUGCAACGCGAGGAAUGUUUGCAGGUGCAAUUGGGAGAAAUCGAGACGAUCCCACCCAGAGUUUCAUGUCUCAACAAUGGCAGAAGUUUAUUCGACACAAAUUCAUGUUCGUAAGAGAAAUGUCACGUGUGGAUCAACAGUCUGACUUAGACAGUAAAGAAAGCACAUGUAAGAGUGACAUAGGCACACUCUUGUGGACUAGUGGAGAAAAAUGGAUUUACAAAAGUUGGUUGAUAUCAAACAGAGCACCACCAACAGCAAGAACGUUCUCUAUUGAAUCAAUGGGAGUCGUGUUCAGUUGACUGGAAGUCUGUAUCUUCUAUUUUCGUGGUGUAAACAGUAAGUUUAUAGCAAGCUUUUAGAUCCAUAGUCAUUAGUUUAUGUAUAUAUUAUGAUAAAUAUCUGUGUUGCACACAUAAACAUGGUGCAAAUUAAAAGAAACAAAAAAUAUUAC